CUUGAAAAUCUUUGCUGAAGUCGAUCAGGUUAGACUGAAUUCUGCUGUUGCUUAAUACCCAACAGAGUUAUUUAUUUACCAGUUUAUUAUUAUCAGCGUUUACCCUUGACAUGCUUUAGGUCAGUUAGCUUAUGCAACAGAUAUUUUGAAUGGAAUCAGAGAAUUUAUGGUCGUGGGUGAAAAGAUUUACAGAAUGACCCAAAUUUUGGUUUCCCACAAACUUUGCUGCUACAGUGUUUUUUGAAUACCUUUAUGGAGAACUGAUGUACAAUUGCAGCCAUCCCAUAAUCUUUAAAGGUGUUUAUUGAUAAUUACGUUAUGCUGGUGCAAAGAGACAAUAUUUUUAGCAAUGGUGUUUAUUUUUCAGGCUCCCUACAAUUCACUCUGGCAUAGGCUGAAGCCUGACUGACAGAUUGAUAGAAUAGAAAAAUAGAGCAGAAUAGAAUAGACUUUAUUAACCCCACAGUGGGGACAUUCACUCGCUCUAGCAGCAAAUACGCUUAGAGAAAAGGAGGAAGAAAAAUAAUAACGAUGACAGGUAAACACACAAAGGCAAUAAGCUAUUAUUGUAACCUUCAACCACUAAAAAUAAUGAAUAAAAAGGAAACGUGUUUCCACAACUAUGCAGCAUAAGGGACACAGACAUGCUGAUGUACAUCAGGUAUGGCACAAGUAUUAAAUGCAUACUGAAUAUUGCACUGAUAUUAAUGUUUAACAGGAUCAUGCCAGUACCAGUUAAACUGAGGAGUUAUACACUCCUACUGCCGAUUUCACUUAAAUAUUGUCGUCAGGUGCUCUGGGGCCAGAAAUACAGUGCAAAUGUUUAGUGUGUGUAUGUUCAGCUUAAUGGAAAACAGAGACCGGUGUAGUCUGAUGUGUCUGAGAAUUGAUGAAAUUCCAGUUCUUUCACAGAGAGUUGAGAUGUCACACUCCCAAACUUAAGACACCAUUAUGGCUGCUGCUACUCCAUUUCACAUUUUACGUGGCUGCAGAGGAGAGUUCUGGUUUUCUGCAAAACAACAAGUGCACUGCUCACCUUAAAUCUAACAGCCGAGAGGCAAUGAAAACGUUUAAACACCACAGCAUCCAUGGUUUACCAAGUGUUAUCUAUUUAUAUUAGAGUUUCAGUUGUAUCCUUGGGUUAUAAAAUAAAUAACCCUGUUAUAACUGAGAUUCACACAGCUAAAGGACUUCCUGUUGGCUGACGUCAUACUCCCUCACGCUCACAUUUCCUGGCUGUUACGACUGUGCCGUUUGCUGCAGAGGGAAUAGACCCUUUUACUACCUACGUCAUCAAAAGUUGCGCGCGCAGCCUGGCAACGAGAGUGAAGGCUUCCUUAUUCACAUUCGAUACUAAAACAGCGUUUUAAACCCUUUGUUUUGAAGUUACGAGCACAUAAAAAUGUCGGGUUGUUGCGUGUAUGGAUGCCAGAAUCGCUUCUCUUCAAGCAGUGGACUGAAACUUUACAGAAUUCCGAAGGGAGCACAUCCAUUUCAACAAAAUCGGAGGCGUCUGUGGCUGCAGGCCAUCAAAAGGGUUGAUGAAAACUGGACUGAAAACACGAUCCGAAAUGCUCGAGUUUGUAGCGCCCAUUUUAUAUCAGGCGAGGUGUCAUUGGACUCCUCGAGUCCUGAUUUUGUGCCUUCUGUGUUUACGUACACAAAGCGAAGUCCAAACCCCCACGCAAAGAUGGACAGGUAUCAACGGAAAAGGAGAAGGGAUGAAACGUCUUGCUCAAGCGUACCAGAGGAGGAAAACACGGAGAACCAGGCUGCAGCAGAAAGCAUGGAGAUCUCAACAAGAUCCAAAGAUACAGGACCAACAGAGAGGAUGGCCUCAAAACGGAAGAUUUCCAGCCCUUCUCAGUCCUCCAAUGGCCACUCGUCUGCUGAAACCAACCCUUGCUCAGUCAGAAAAAAGAAAAAACCUGGGGCUGUUAGCAGCAGCAAAGACCAGUCUGAGCUAAGACAUGGCCCCUUUUACUAUGCGAAGCAGCCAGCACUCACCACAGACCCUGUUGAUGUUGUACCGCAGGAUGGCAGGAAUGACUUUUACUGCUGGCUGUGCCACCGUGAGGGCCAGGUGCUCUGCUGUGAGCUCUGUCCCAGGGUGUACCACGCCAAGUGUCUCAAACUACCUGCUGAGCCUGAGGGUGACUGGUUUUGUCCAGAGUGUGAGAAAAUAACCGUGGCUGAGUGUAUAGAGACUCAGAGCAAAGCCAUGAUGAUGCUGAUGACUGACCAGCUCUCUUACCUGCUAAUGUUUGCUCUUCAGAAAAUGAAACAACCAGGUGAUCAUCCCCGCUUGUCAUCUCGCUCCCCCCAUGCAGCUUCCUCGCAGAGAAAGACUUUUAAUUGGACGGAGCCCUUCCAGAAACCAGUUUCUCUUGAACAGCAUCAUGAUUACGCAGAGUAUAUUUUUCAUCCAAUGGAUCUUUGCACACUCGAAAAGAAUAUCAAAAAGAAAAUGUAUGGCUGCACAGAGGCCUUUCUGGCUGACACUAAAUGGAUUCUACACAACUGUAUUAUAUACAAUGGAGCCAAUCACAAACUCACAGCCACGGCUAAAGUGAUAGUAAAAAUCUGUGAGCAUGAGAUGAAUGAGAUUGAAGUUUGUCCUGAAUGCUAUCUGUCUGCCUGCCAAAAGAGAGACAACUGGUUCUGUGAGCCUUGUAGUAACCCACACCCUCUGGUAUGGGCCAAAUUAAAAGGAUUUCCCUUCUGGCCGGCUAAAGCCUUGAGGGACAAAGACGGACAAGUGGAUGCUCGUUUCUUUGGUCAGCACGACAGGGCUUGGGUUCCUUUGAACAACUGCUACCUCAUGUCCAAAGAGAUUCCCUUCUCCGUGAAGAAGACCAAAAGCAUCUUCAACAGUGCCAUGCAAGAGAUGGAGGUCUACGUGGAGAACAUGCGAGACAAGUUUGGAGUGUUUAAUUAUGCUCCCUUUAGGACACCCUACACAGCUGAUAGUAACUUCCAGCUGCUCCUGGAUCCCUCCAACCCCUCGUCCGCUGCCAUUAAGCCAGAAAAACAGGAGAAGAUCAAGCUGAGCUUUGAUAUGACAGCAUCUCCCAAGACCUCACUGACCAGGACUGUGCCAUCUGCAGCCGGGGUGGGAGGGAGCACUAUAGGCCAAAGACCCCCUGUCAGUGAUACGCCUCGUUCCCCCAUGAGUACCAACUCCUCUAUUCAUACAGGUUCAGACGGGGAACAGGAAGCAGGAGACAAGUCUAAAAAAAAAGCUGCUAACGUCCAGUACAGCACAGGGGAGGAGUCUAUGGACUGCACAGGCAACUCACAAGACAGCCCUAAAUCUUCCCAAUCUCAAGCACCUGGUGUUCUCAAGCAAGAGAAGAUGCCACAGACAGCAAGCAUUCUUAACCUAAAUUUAGAUCGAAGUAAAGCUGAAAUGGACCUGAAGGAGCUGAGUGAAACAGUCCAGCAGAAACAGGGAGCCACACCAGUCCUCACCUCCCCAAAAAGGCAGAUUAAGAGCCGCUUCCAGCUAAACUUGGACAAGACUAUUAAAAGUUGCAUAGCUCAGUUGGGUAUUGAUGAGAUCUCCGUGGAUGCCUAUAAAGGUGAGGAUCACAGUGACUCAGACGACUCUGAUAAGUCUGACUCCAGUGAGAGUGAGGAUGCCAGUGAUGAGGAGCCCAAGAUAAAGAGUAGUCAAAACACAGAACUCAAUAAAAAGCCUUCGAAUGACUCUUCUAAAGUCAAGGAGAAAGAUCAUCCCUCCACGAGCCAAGAGGAGGAGGAUAAAGCUGAUGUCGUUGAAUCCAAGGAAUCUGCCGUUGAUGAUUCCAGUGCAACACUACCAGAUGGUCCAACUCAAGAGAAUUUAACCAUGGAUUUAGAAAAAGAAAACUCAGAUGAGACCAAAGCAGCUCCAGGAUCACCUGUUUCCAGAGAAAAGUCUCAGAUCAAACAAGAGACAAGGCAGGCUGUAACUGCCGAGGACUCUGACUCUGACCGAGAGCUGGUUAUUGAUCUGGGAGAGGAACAGGGCGGCAAGGAGAGGAAGAGGAGCAGAAAAGAUAGCACAGUUUAUAACGAUUCAGCAGCGGGGAAACCUGAAGGUAAAGCACUGAGCACACCACAAAACAGCACUACCACUUCCACACCUCCCAGUGUUUCCACUCAGCCUCUCAUGGCCAUUCCUGUCACCAUGGUUACAUUUACCGCAUCCUCUCCUGCAACAGUUAGCCAUGUGUCCAUCUCCAGUGCCACUGUAACAACGUCUUCCUCCUCAGCCUCCCCCACGCCUACUUUGAAAAAACAGCGUCCUCUGCUGCCCAGAGAGACUGUGCCAGUGGUCCAGCGAGCUGUUGUGUGGAACCCCACCACAAAGUUUGAACCUUCUUCCCAAAAGUGGCAAAUGCAGAAGGUGCAGCAGCAGGCUCAGCAGCUUGUGGUGGUCCCACACACACAGGAAGCUCAAGGAGCAGCAAACGGCUCCACAACUGUCUCACUAUCUUCAGAGAAGCAGUCAUCUCAAAGCACACGCUAUCAGACCAGACAAGCCGCUAAGGGUGUUCAACAUAAAGACUCUGCACUCAGCACAUCUCUUCCAGCUGCUACCGUGGUAACCAGCAGUCUAGGCUCUGUGUCCAUGACAGUAACUUCAGGUACAGGCACAGCUCCUGCUUCGUCCCCAGGAACAACAGACCUGUACAUCCCCACAGCUUCAGCUGAUGUGGCUGCAGAUAUCGCCAAGUACACUAAUAAAAUAAUGGAUGCAAUCAAAGGUACAAUGACUGAAAUCUACAAUGACCUCUCAAAGAAUACUUCAGGGAAUACAAUAGCAGAGAUGAAACGACUAAGAAUUGAAGUAGAAAAGUUACAGUGGUUGCAUCAGCAAGAGUUGUCAGAAAUGAAGCACAAUCUUGAGCUGACGAUGGCAGAGAUGCGGCAGAGUCUGGAACAGGAAAGGGAGAGGUUGCUGGCCGAGGUGAAGAAACAGAUGGAGCUGGAGAAACAGCAGGCGGUGGAUGAGACAAAGAAGAAACAGUGGUGUGCUAACUGCAGGAAAGAGGCCAUCUUUUACUGCUGCUGGAACACCAGCUACUGCGAUUACCCCUGUCAGCAAGCCCACUGGCCAGAGCACAUGAAGUCCUGCACCCAGUCAGCUACAGCCCCACAGCAAGAACCUGAGGCUGAGCCAGCAGCUGAUCUCCCAAACAACAAGGGUCAAGGGCAGACUGUCGGUGGCCCUAACCCUCUCAGAGAAGCGCCAGUUUCAGCAUCUUCAGACAAAGAUUGUGAAUCAGAGAAGAGCAUUAGCAACACAGCUGGAACUUUAUCAUAACAUAUAUUUAAAUGUAAUUUUAUUUAGUGUUUUUGUUUUUCCACAAAAUGUGUUUAUUUGAGUUAUUUUGUUCUAUAACCUGUUCCAAAAUACUUUAUUUAAAUAUUUUUUUUAUUUUGCCUGUCAGGGUUUACCUAUCUCCAGUGCAAAGUAACACUGAAAGUAGACAGACUCUAGAGAGCGACAUAUUCAUAAAACAGAUUUUGCAUACCCUUGCACUAUUCUAUACAGACGUCUGUGUUAAAGAAACUAAAUGGUAAAUGGUAAAAUGGCCUGUAUUUGAUAUAGCGCCUUCUAGAGUCCUGGAACCCCUCAAGACGCUUUACAACACAAUCAGUCAUUCACCCAGUCACACACACAUUCACACACUGGUGGGGAUGAGCUACGAUGUAGCCACAGCUGCCCUGGGGGGCACUGACAGAGGCGAGGCUGCCGAGCACUGGCACCACCAGUCCCUCCGACCACCACCAGCAGGCAACGUGGGUUAAGUGUCUUGCCCAAGGACACAACGACAACGACAGACUGAGCGGGGCUCGAACUUGCAACCUUCCGAUUACGGGGCGAGCACUUAACUCCUUUGCCACCGUCGCCCACUAAGCCCAUGCAAGGAUGUCAUGAAACAAACACAAUGUUCAGUGGGAGUUAGACAGUUUACACAAACAUGGCUGAUUAUGAUGUUGAAUAGAGGACUACUGGCAGCACUGGAUGUACAUGACACAUUUUGUAUCAUUUGUUAAUUAGUGUUUUUUAUGUCUGAUGUAUAUGUCAAAGAAAAUUAUAAAUACAUUUUUAAGCAA